AUGCUGCAACCUAUAGUAUAUCAAUUGGGCCACGACCCCAUCAAGGACCACUGCUUUGCUCCUGGAUACGAGCUUUUGGCUGUCACCAAGGACAACACUGUUGAGUUGUACCAGGCCAAGCCAAACUCCCCCUCCAAGCCUUCCCUUGUCACCACUUUAAGAGGACACGACAAGACCGUCACUUCUGUGGACAUUUCGCCAGACGGAUCCAAGAUUUUGACCUGUUCCCAGGACAGAAACGCUUUGGUGUGGGAAUGGAACGACGAGUCCCAUGACUUCAAGCCUACGUUGGUGCUUUUGAGAAUCAACCGUGCUGCCACUGUUUGUAAGUGGUCGCCAAACGGUGACAAGUUUGCUGUGGGUUCUGCUGACAGAAUUAUUGCUGUUUGUUACUACGAGGCAGAGAACGACUGGUGGGUGUCGAAGCACUUGAAGAAACCUCUCAAGUCUACCAUCACCAGUUUGUCGUGGCACCCAAACAACGUCUUGUUGGCUUCGGGUUCUACUGAUGGCCAUGUGAGGGUUUUCUCGGGUUACAUCAAGGGCGUGGACGAGAAGCCAGAGGCUUCGGUUUGGGGCUCUAAGUUGCCUUUCCAGACUCUUGUGGGUGACUACUCUAAUGAUACUGGUGCUUGGGUUCAUGAUGUUACUUUUAACAAGGACGGCGAGGGUGAGUCUUUGGCUUACGUGACCCAUGACGGUUCGAUCCUGGUGGUUUACCCUGGCGGGGAGGGCCAGCCACCUGCUGCGUUCAUUACGGUGAAGACCAAUUACUUGCCAUUCAAGUCGCUUCUUUACUCUGGCAACAGAAUCAUUGUCGGUGGCCACAACUGUAACUUGAUUGUGUUUGAGGGUGACCAGAAUGGCUGGCGUGAGGCUUUCCACGUUGAAAAGCAGAAGGACUUGAUCCACGACGUUCCAGCCGUGGAAGAGGAGGCUGAGAUCUCGAGUCACGACGCUCUCAACAUGUUCAAGCAGUUGGAUUUGAAGGGUAAAGCCAACCGUCCUAACCAGAAGGGUAGCGGCAAGGCAUUGAGCACCAUCAACCAGAACACCAUUGCCAGUAUCAAGUGGUACGAAGGCGGCAAGGUGUCUACAUCUGGUCUCGACGGUAAGAUUGUGAUCUUCCAAGUGUAA